UUGAUACGGAAACAUUGUAUAAGACAGAGCCCCGGGGCAGUUGCGAACGUCGUGAAGAGCGUGUACAUUCGAACGACGCGCCCAAAUCCGUAUACGCGUUGCGGAGAUCGAAAUAGGCUACCUCGGCAUGCAAUUGGACGCGGGCCACUCUCACCCUCACCCUCAUCGCGUGUGACGACCGCCUCUCGUACUCUGCUCGCGCCCGCAGCGGAUCCGAGCCCUGUCGCGAACGAAUAACCAGAACAGCUAGCGUUUUUCUCACUGCCAGCUGGCCCGGUGACGAUGGCGGUCCUCCCGUAUCUGCCACACCUGCUGUACUCGACCGCGCUCACCUCGAUCGCGAUGCACCACCUCUUCCAGCGCAAGGCGUACGAGGCGGACCGCGCGCAUGUCGCCGCGCAGCUAUCUAUUCUUACGGACCUGCGCGCGCGUCUCGGCGCAGGGGAGGUCAUCGAGGAGCGCGAGCAAGACCGUCUAUGGCGCCUGGCAAGAAGCCACGGCGUCUGGCGCGCGCGGGCCGAGGCCGAGGCACGCGCGAAGAGUAGGGAGGAGGGCGGCGCAGGGCGGGAGGAGAUCGGGUGGAAGGAGGUCAUGCUGGGGAAGCGGUUCGACGCGACGCGCACCGAAGAGCUGGACAGGAAGGACCUCGAGCGCGUGCGCAAGGAGGUGGAGGAUUCAGAACCCAGCUCAUGACGAUGUGACGACCUUGGCCUCCCACGCACGACAGUACAAGGCAACCGAUCUACGUGCUUGAUGCGGACGAUGCAUGGUGCCGAAUUUGCGCCUCCCCUUCAGCGCACCACGAGGCUGGGGCGUACGUGAGACUUCUGAGGGUUCGCCGUCCGUGCCCCCGCGCCAGUUCGGUAGCUGGGAUUCCGAGGUGGUUCGAAAGGGGGACACCUGCACCAGGUUAGAGCGGCAUUACUACGGGGUGCAAAGAUUUUAGUAUCUGCGAACUAUCUGCGAGCUCAAGUUCCCGAUUCUGUGAGUGCCUCAGUACAUACACCUUGCCCAUUCAUACUAGAAAUCCCC